CUUACCAUCAUCACGUGACGUACAGCUUCAGUCUCUUGCUCUGUUAGCGUCUUCAUACCUAGAACUCAAAAUGUUUUCAUGGUCACUGAUUGGGGCUUUGUUCGCGUCUAUCAUACCCUUGUACUUAGCAGCUACCAACCCAACCUCUGUCAUAGCAGCUACCAACCUAACCGCUGUCAUAUCAACCUAUACCCCGGCCUGCAGGGCGAUGUUCAAAUACAACUUGUUACAAGAACUUAACAGCACAACCUGUGGACAAGAUGGACAGUCAGAGUUAAACCAGUACCUGGUCAGCCUUGGCUUUUGCACCGAGAACGAGCGCAUGAACCUAACCAAUACCAUUUGCGUUGGAAGCAGCAGUGGGCCUGUUGCAAUCAGUCCAGCAAGAACCAGCUUCUAUAACACGCUCAACUUGCUGAGUUCCGGUUGCCACGAGCGGGCGCAUGUCUGCAUCUUGUCGUCUGCUGUUUCCGUUGUGUACAAAAAACAAGAACAGUUUUGUCCCUUACUGAACGUCAACAUAGAUGGCGUCACUCUAGAGGCGUGUCUGACUACCGCGGUUAGUGUGUCUCAAAACUGCACCAAGUCAGAAUUUGUCAAACUCAACGCUACAGCGUGCAACGUGACAACUACUGAUGUUGAUCAAAACUUUUCUAAGGCCUUAAUGAAAGUCUCAAGGAGUUGUCAAUCUCGGGUGUCGAGCUGCGUCAUGGGUAACGAAAUUGUCACAAACUUGUUAAUGGACGGGAAAUACUGUGAGGCUCUAACCAUGGACAAGAACAUCAUGGAGACAUGUCUCAGGACCAGCAACUCCUGCACGUCUGCCGAGUUUGACUUGUUGAAAAUGACAGCAUGCAAAACGUCAAAUCAAACCAAUGCAGCUCCAGCAAAAGCUUUUGGGUUUCUCCCCUUAGUUCUGGGUUUACUAGUUGCCUCUAUUUUUUCGUCAGUGAUAAACUAUUUUGUGUAAUUAUCGUAUACGUGAAUAGAAUCCAAUGGUCACAUAUACUUAGUUGGUUAUAAGAACAAAAUAAGGAAAUUAAAUAAAAUAGAACACAAGAUAAAAGCCAAAGUUAUUUAAUCACACGGAAAGUAACAAUAGAAUAUUUCUUUUUUAAGAUUCCAUUUGUAUAAUUUAUUCUCAAUUUUUAUUUCGACUUUUUACUUCGCAAUAAUAAUUAUUAACAAUGUCAGUUUUCGUUCAAUUAUUAUAAUUAUUUUUUUUUAACUACUGAGACUUUUUUUGUGUGACUUGGCAGAAUUUAGGUCAUUGGUUAAUAGGCAUGACUAAAAGCAAGACGCGUAGGACGUAAUCAUCUUCUUUUUUGAAGUAACGUCUGUAUUAUAUAAGAUAAGAUAAGGCGCAGAAACCUAUCUACCUAAACAGUGGCGUAUCUUUUAAAGAGACACCAGAGUGUACAUUUUCUUCUCAGGGAAUUUCCAAAAUUAUUUAAUCCUAUUGCUCAAACAGAUUUUCAGUAUUCCAAUUCACCCUGAUUACAAUCAGCUCAGGGAGGCCCUAGACUUAGUGAGGCAAAUGUUGAUGUCGUGAACGAGGGAAUAAAAGGAGAGAUAAAACUGGGUCGUGAAAACUUUAGGCUCUGAAAGUGGUAUCAACUGUUUUUGUUUUGUUCAACAUUAGGUUGACUCUGAAAGUGGUAUCAACUGUUGUUUUUUUUUUUUUUUGGUCAACAUUAGAUUUACUCUGAAAAUGUUAUGUCCUAAAAGUCAUUUUUAGAUCUAUUUUUAGAAUCUAAAAUCAUCCUCCAUUGGUUCAUUUCUGUAACAUAAUGUUAAAAAUGACUAGUGACAGGAAGAGGUUAACGUGUGACCCCGGCGAGAUAACACAGCAGCGAGUGUUCUCUGGAAUGUACAUGUAUAAACAAAGGCAGGAUGUGACGUUUCCUCACGUGUUAUUCCAGAAGAUACUAGCAGUGUUUGUGGAACUUUGGAGGAUCGAUUAAGGACUCUAUAUAAGCCAGAGAGUUAAUGUGAAAGUCAGUCGUGAGUGAGUCGUCGGUACUGUUGUCUACUGUGCGAGACAGUAGAAGAGAGAUGUGUACGACUCGAUGCAAGUUAAUUAACUAGGGUAGAGUUAACUGGAGUGGACUACUGUCGUUAAAGUCUAUACAGCGAACUACAGUGGACUUGAGCCGUUACAGUCGAAUCAGUCGAUGUAAAACGUGUGCGGCUCUGAUUCGGUAGACUUGAGUACGACUUGGUUCAGUUUGGGAGACCUGGAGCGACACUGGGAAGUGUGUCGUUGGUCUGUUCUGUGGAAUACGGCUCGAUGCAAGUUGAGAAGAGAUGAAUUGCAACGAAGUGAAGAGAUGAAUUGCAACGAAGUAUAGCUAACUGUAAACUGACAGAUAUUGUACAGUCUUCUACGCUAAAUGUUACAGUGAAGAAUUGUUAGAGUUAAUAGUCAUUAAAGUUAUAUGAAGCUGAAAGUUUAGUCGUCAAGUUCUUUGCAGUGUUUUUAUUUGUGUGCCUACUAGUACAUUUAGCCAGAAGAUUCAGAAAUACGUAACAAUAAUAUGUGUUUAAAUUGGUAUUAUGUAUGUGUAUGUAUAUACGAACUAAUAGUAAUGUAUAUUUGAAAUGUGAUAAGAGCAUAAACAUUAUUCUCAGAUUAAAUUCAACAGUAUUUAUCUCAUUGCUCUGCAUUUUCUUGUUUUCCAAAGGCCCUUAUGAAAUGCAACAUUCCCAUGACCCUUUUUAGGCCUACAUUUAUUUUUGU